UGUUUUUUUUUUUUCCUGUGGAAAAUUAAGGAGGGUAUUCUAACUACCACUGCAUUGUUUUUAUGUAGAGUAAAAUGAGUGAAACAAACCAGCAACAGGAGGAGUUGCCUGCAUACUUGAAGGAUGAGCCUCCAGCAGAUACCAACAAAGACCACCCCCAACCCCAGCCUGGCAUGUUCUCCAGGGUGGCCGGUGGUCUGUUCAGUGUCACGAAGGGAGCCGUUGGGGCAACAGUGGGUGGAGUUGCUUGGGUAGGAGGCAAAAGCUUUGAUCUCACGAAAACUGCAGUUACCUCAGUUGCAGCUGUUCCAGCGAUGGGAGUGGGGCUCGUGAAGGGCAGUGUGUCCGCCGUGGCUGGUGGCGUGGCUGCUGUCGGCUCCGCCGUCGCCAGUAAAGUUCCCAUUGGUGGAGGCAAGAAGAAGGACAAGUCUGAUUGAAUCACGUGGCCCGACGUUUCUUUUGUCAGAGGCGUCUGCAUCGUGUCUUUUUUGACUCCAGAGAGAGUUGAUUGUGGAGUUCAUGCUUGUUACAAGCAUAUUUGGACUAUAUCAGUGUACCUGAAUGGACCAACAAGAUGACAUUCACAAGCCAGGUGGCCUUCAUCUGUUCCACGCAAGAACCUUUGUUUUUGUGUUCUGUAGGAAUAUGACAUUAAGUGUGUGUUGUAUACAGAGUCAAACUGUUUAUGUAUGAAGUAUUAAAUAUCUGACCAGAGGUGGAUACGUGGACCACUAAAUGUUCCGUUCAUGCUUAACUGAGCACACACUUGUGUCUGACUGUACACGCAAAGAAUCACAUGUUUUAAACACACCUUACAGUUGAAUUGCUCCAAGCCGGUUGUAGGGAUGAAGAUCAAUGAAGUGUCCCUCUAGGUGCUGGGGGGUGGGGGGGUCUCAGACUGUGGGGUGCUGAUGGUGGCGCUCCAUCUAGCUGAUUGAUUGUUUGUGAGAUUACUUUGUGCCCCUUGGUUCCAUGCUGAACUCCAGCAAUCGUUCUGUGUCCCCUUGAAAAAUAGAGAAACCACACACAUAUAUACAUAUAUAGUCCCACGUUAAGGGCUUGUGUGCUUAGAUUUUGUCAAACAACUCCAAAAUUACAUUUGUGAGCCAUUUAAUCUGAAUGCUGAUAGUACUGCAUAUUAUUUUUUUUAGGGAAGCGUGCAUGACAAUCUCCUUCUGUUUUGAUGACUAUAGAUGUAUUCCAAUACCUAGUGACACUUUCUUACUCCUUUCUGUGUGUCAUUCCAUCUGUCCUUUUACUUCUUUGUUCCGUUUGCUUUUUUAACUCUUUAAUGUGAAUUUUUUUUUUAUGUUUUGUUUUAUGGACCAACAAAGAACCACAUGAGGUAGAAAAGUAUAAUACAGUAUUUUCUUUUGUUAAGUAUUUGUUUUCCCAUUACCAAAGAUUAUGAGUGGAAGAAGAGUUUGGUGUAUUUGAGGAUUUUCUUCUUUUUGUUAAUGUUGAUAUGCAGUAUACAUUAUGGUAUUCAGUGUACUAAAUCUCUUUUUAGAUAGAUAGUUAUCACAUGUAUAUUAAUGUUUUGUUGUUGUUUGAUUUGAGACAAUCCAUAUUUCAGUGUAAUAAUGUGAAUUCAAAGGACUUAAAUAAAGAAACUUCACAGUU